CCAUAUGAGAUACUGAAUUGGUAUAGUUUAAUCUGGUUUAAUUCACAGUGUAUCUUAUACUUCUUUUGUGCAGAUGGGAUUAUUAGUGUCCGGCUUAGCAAUAUCUGGCAGUAUUGUUUUGCGUAGUCAGAUAUGGUCAAGGAACAACGUCAUCUCUGCCGCCUUGUCUGUCCUUGCUGAAUGUGUAUAUUGAUAGCGUCAGUGCAAGAAAACCACCCUGGAAGUGCUGCUAGAUACUAGUCCUAGAAAGUCUCAGCCUAAAUGACUGAUGUAGCUCACUGCUAUGGACAGUGCUAUCACCCUGUGGCAGUUCCUCCUCCAGCUCCUCCAAGAGCCUCAGAACAAGAACAUCAUCUGCUGGACCUCCAACGACGGGGAGUUCAAGCUGCUGCAGGCAGAGGAGGUGGCCAGACUGUGGGGAAUCCGCAAGAACAAGCCCAGUAUGAACUAUGAUAAACUCAGCCGUGCUCUCCGCUACUAUUACGUGAAGAAUAUCAUUAAAAAAGUGAACGGUAAGAAGUUUGUCUACAAGUUUGUUUCUUACCCGGAGAUUUUAAAUAUGGAUCCGCUUGUCGUGGGCCGUAUAGAAGGAGACCCCGAAAUGGCUGGUUUUGCAGAGGUUAGCAGCGCUGCGAAGGACGUGGAGAACUACGGGAAGGAGAAGUCGCAGUCGUGUGCUAAAUCCUCCAGCCGCAACGACUACAUCCACUCAGGCCUGUACUCCUCUUUUACCCUCAACUCCCUCAACUCUUCCAGCGUCAAACUCUUCAGGUCCAUCAAGAUCGAGAAUCCAGCCGAGAAAAUGACCGAGAAGAAACCCGCUCAGGACCCAAUGCCCUCCGUCAUCAAGUUUGUCACCAUGCCCUCCAAAAAACCGUCCUCUGUCCCCCUGGUCUCUACCACGGCGGCGGUUUCUGCCGCCUCCACGGCUUCGGCCGCUUCCACCACGUCCUCGCUCCCGCUGGGGUCGGAAGAGACUCUCCAGACUUUGGAGACGCUCGUUCUACCCAAGUUAACUGUCCCUGAAGCUCCUUUGCCAAACUUAACCACCAGCUUCACCCCGACGCCCCCCGUAUCCUCCGUUUCUCCCACUCUGCAAGUUCCCUCCACGCCCCCGUCGCCGCCCCUGAGCUCCAACCCCGACCUGGACAUCGACACGGACAUCGAGUCGGUGGCGUCUCAGCAGCUGGAGCAGGUUCAGAGCCUCUACCCUCAAUCCCCGGAGCCCAAAGAGCAGGAUUCCUCGGCGCUGGAGAAGGAAUUUGCCAAUCAUCUCUCCAGAUCUAAAAAACCCAAAGGGCUGGAGUUGGCUCCGACUCUUGUCAUCACGGGCAGCGAUCCAAGUCCGCUGGGGAUCCUCAGCCCGUCUCUCCCAACCGCUUCUCUUACUCCAGCACUUUUCUCUCAGACCCCCAUCCUGCUGACCCCCAGCCCCCUGCUCUCCAGUAUCCACUUCUGGAGCACGCUCAGCCCGGUCGCUCCGCUCAGUCCUGCAAGGUUGCAAGGUGCUAAUACGCUCUUUCAGUUUCCGUCAGUGCUGAACAGUCAUGGCCCGUUUACUCUGUCUGGACUGGAUGGACCCUCCACCCCUGGCCCGUUUUCCCCUGAUCUACAGAAGACAUAGCACACGAACUCAUGGACAGGGCAUACUGGCAAGCAAGGGAAAGACAGGACACUUGUAUUUAACCGUGUUUUUUAAUGAGCAAUUUAUAAUUCCACAGAGAUUAUCAACAAUCAUAGUUUUUGCCAUUCCCAAAUCAAAUGCCUUUUUUUGCAAAAUCCCCUUUUUUGAAGAGCCAGGUUGGGAAUGUAUAUGCAAACGCCUUAAUAGGAGCCGGAGCUCCAGUCUCUUCUCUUCCCUCCUCGGUUUGGAAGAACUUCGCUAUGGUUCAAAAGGGAGUUUCAGCUGGUGUUGCAGUAACUGAGUCUGCACUGAUUGAAGCGAAUGGUGUCAGAGAAGUCUUUUCUCUGUGACUCUUGGAAAAAAAAACCCUCUGUUCUUCUGCUUGGCGAGAAGAAAUCUAAUCCCGACCAAAGCCGACGUUCCAGGAGAUGCUUGGGAAAAGGGAUGUGCACAUCGGCUUGGAAACUUCCGCAGCGACAAAACAGCCCGCGUCUUUUUCUGCUGUAAAAACGCCUUUUUGCAGGGAGGAAUUUUCCCGGUUGUGUUCCAGAGAUACGGCCAAUUUUUGCAUGGCGUUGUAUCGGAGGAGCGGCCUGGCCAGCGUUGGCUGCUCUCUGCCCUCCCGCGGGUGCGACGUGAGACGACCCAACGGUGGGCUCAGUUCCUUUGAGUUCUCAGUUUGAAUGCUGAAGUCCAAACAUUUCUUGUGGCAGAGACCUGUGGCAAAGCCUGUCGUCUCGCUGCUAGAUGAGCGGGGUGGUGGAUUUUCCACGAGGGUUUUUUGCGGGUGUGUUUCUUUGGUGAGGUUGCUGCCUGAUGCUGGAGUUUCAGCCCCAAACCGUGGGUGAGAACACUUUAACAUUACUGCUCUUUCCCCACCGGUGAAGUGGAGAAGCUCCUUUUCUACCAGCACUUAUCUCAAGUUUUGCUUUAGAUCUAUUGCUUUCUUUUUUUCAUUUGAUGAAGCACUUAGAUCCAAGAUAAGUUAGGCUCGGUGUAUACAGCUAAGCUGAGAGGUACCGUGGUGUAUCAGCCUUGCUGUAAAUUUGCGUUUGCUUUGCUUUCCUCGGUGGCCGUGUGUGUGCGUGUGGAUUAAUACAAGGUUAGUUUCCAGAGCCAUUUGAAACGCUGAUGAAAUGAAAUCUGUGCUGUCGGGUUUUUAAACCUCAGGAGGCCUUUUAAGAGAACCGAGGACGGCAAGAAGAGUCUCUCCUCGGAGACGGGACAUCGUGGUCCGCUGGCACUGGGGGCUGUUCCUUCUGCUUUGGGCAUCCGAUGGCAGGCAGCAACUUCUGAUUGCUACUGUGUAAGAUAAUCUUCAUCAAAUCCCCACUAGAAAACAGAUGGAGACCAUCUCUUUUUGCAUCCUCACUGCCUGGCUUCAAAGCUUUCAGGAGCAGAGGAAGAUGGUUGAUUUACAGCAAGAGGAGCUGGCGGUGUCCGCUGUAUAUAUUGCACCUGUCUAACGGAUAACUGGGGAACUCGAGCUUUCCAGAGUUUUCCUUUUGCCACUUUUGCAGACUCUGAAUUCACUUUAAAGCGUUACGACAAUACCCGAGGCUUAACUUACCGUAGCGACGUUGUCUUUCUGUAUUCUAGCAUUGAAACGCGUAAACCACUCGGUGUGUUCCCGACGUGACGCCCUGGGCGGGGGGGUGCGCUGGAGCUGCUCUUUGAGCGUUAUUCAUCCAGAAAGUCCCCUACCCAGCGGGAGAAAAGGAUUUGCCUUUAUUUGGUGGAUAUAGCAGGGAGUGAGCUCCUGUGGGGAACUGUUUUAUUAGGUCAGAGGCAUCAUCCUGCUUCGCUUUUUAGACAUCAGCAGAUGCGGGAUCCAGUUCCUGUGCCAGUGGCUCUUAAAAUGACAAUGUGCAAUAUUGACUUUUAUUUUUAUUUUAUUUUUUAAAUGCAGAAAGCAAGCUGCAGGUCGUAAUGAAGAGCAGGCACCUGGAAUUUUCUGGUUUGCAUGAUGACCUAGGAGUCUGCUCUAGGAAAUAUAUAUAGCUAUAUAUAAAUAGCAGCACUUUUAAUGGUGGUUUUAGCUUGGCCAAUUUUAUGCCCACCGAGUGUGUGGACUUGAGGGCAACGUUGCAGCCUAGGAUUAGGAUUUAAAAAUAAUUAAUGAGCACUAAAGACUUGCAAUUUAAUUGCUUCCCUUCCCUUGUCCCCUAUGGAAAAAAAGCCAAGUUUCUUUGUUGAAAAAGUUGUGUAUGUGCACACAUGCACUUGAUUUUUUGUGAACUCUAUCACUUUCAGCAUAGGUAUGCAAGAGAACCAAGCGCUGCCGUGACUUGUCGGUUGUACUUGGCGGAGUUUCGUGCUCUUCUCCAAGCAGCUUCAUCACAUUGCACUGCCAGAGCUGCUGGAUGGGAUCCGCGUUCACCUUCGGGAAUACCUUCCGCAGGGAAAAUUGAUACGGAAACGCCGCCUGCGCGUGUUGGUUUCAGUGUGGUAACACCCAGCUGCCUCUCAGCACUGCGAAGAUGGUUGGGAAUCUCAGGAGGCGAUUGGGACAACAAGUUGGGAGGGGAGGCGGGACAGGAGGCGCUCGCUCCCCUUUUCUCCAUUACGGCUUUCAGGUCACUUAAGGUAAUAUUAUCUUGUAUAUAUCCUGCCUUGUUAAGCGUGCGUUUCCUGCCAGGUAUGGAGCUGCCAGCGUUUGUGCAUCACAUUCCGGACAGAGCCCAGACUGCGACUUCUCGGAGCCGUCGGGACCUUUCCGGGAGCAGUUUGCAGCUCCUUGGUUUUAAUUUAGCGUAGGGAAGGUGGGGGUUUAAAAGGCUCUCUUUUAAUUAUCGUGUUAGUGAUAACGGUGAUAGCGCUGUGUUGGUUAAAAAAAAUAGCGCAGCAUUACGGAAACAUUUUAAUACAAUUCCCGUUGCCGAAGUAGCCGUGGUAUCGCUGAAUGCUUGAUAAUAUUUGCAUCGGUUCGUUCGUAGAUGGUGGUAAAUUAGACUGGAUGAGCACGGAAGCCGAACAUCUGUCUUGCUUCUGGAAAUGCCUUUUACCGUCCCCGCUGUUGUACAAUAGUCGUGUCAGCCGAAAAGCUCUCGCUGCGUGUGCUGCGUCUGGGUUCGUGAGAUCCCGAACUGUGGGGAUGGCGCUGGAGCCAUGCAAAGCAGAACGUGUUAAUAAAACCCUCCGGCUGGAGAACCGGACUCGUACCUAUUUCCAGAGAAUGGGAUCCUGGUGGAGAGGGUGAUAGAGGGAAGUUUGGGUUGGUUUUUGUUGUUUUUUUCCUUAAGAACUCAAGUCUAGAUGCGUGUUUUUGAAGUCGGUUGAAUGUAAUUCCUAUGCACUGCCUUUGGCACGAGUUGCGUUUUGCAAUAGGUCAGGAAACGAUAAAAUUCCUUGAAUUUAAGAACCCAUUGUUUUAACUUAGAGCAUCCUUAGGGCUUCAGUGUCCACGGCAUCUUUGGUAUAACAGAUUUGAAAGGCUUUGGCUGUUCGGUGGCUCAUUUGGAGUAAUUCCUCCCUCUGAGAUGUUCUCAAAGCUCAGCUCUCUAGCAAACAGAUCCUCCUCGGUGUUUGAUUUUCCGGAGCGUCCGUUAUAAGCGCAGCGAAGGCCGUUUCUGUGCGGAUCUUCCUCGACGCAUUCAAAACGCAUUAGUAUCAGACUCCCUCAUGACUUUGGCUUUCACGCAUCAACUUCUGCAGGUUGGGACGGGAAGAGCCGAGCGCAUAGAUGCUGUUUCUCAGGUGAGCACAGAGUUCCCAUCCAUUUUUGUAGCAUUUUUUCCAGCGCUGAGAUCAGAACCUACAGUUCCGACAGCGUUGGCUCCCCGUGGUUUAUUCAUUUAUUUCUUUCCUUUACCUUUUUUCUACCAUUCUAUAGCAUUUUCGUAUGUACUCGUGUAACCUCUUCCAUUUUUAAUGCAUAUUUGUUUACAAGACGCAUCUCAGUGUUGUAUCAAGAGGCUAUCUUGGUAUUGUCAGCUAUGAAAAAUUAAACUACAUCCGUAGUUAAGGGACAUUGUCAAAGUCGACAGGUAUUUUUAAAACUCGAUGUUUGAGUUUUGGGUGUCCAUAACCAUUUUGUUCUGUUUCGUUCCUUAGUAAGAAACCUUCUGGCUUCUGAGGUCGUGGAUAUGGACGGUUAAUUUUGUCUUAAUCAUCGCAAAAUUAUUGCGACAAAUAGCCCGAGCCCCACAGCAUCUCACACCCAGCGGAUCAGCUGAAUAUCCAUUAGAAUUGCAAUUGCGUUGCUUAGAAUCUAAUCAAGAUGUUUUAAUGCUGUCUCACCGAAACACGGGUGUUUACGGUUUGAUUGGAAUUUAAUUAAACAGCAAUUGGCUGCUGAACAGCAUUAGCAAAUCUGCGUAACGUGGAAGCGUUUGGCUGUCGUGGUGAAUACGUGACGUGCUAGAGCUGAUGUGCUGAAAUCAGAGCCUGUUGGAUGGAGAUUAAAAGAUAAACCGCAGCGACAGUUGUUUUACGGGGCUGUGGGUGCUAAGGGCCCUGUCUUAAAUGAACAUCUGGAUACGGGAGAAUAUGUGCUAUGCAGUCGCCGCUUUUCAGUGUUUUGCACAAUGUUUUGGGGGCUUCGUUGGUUUAUUUCAGUACUCAGAUAAUCCAGCAGUGUGGACUAGUUGCCAAAGGUUAAUUCUUAGCGCGCCUUUGACGUAGUUGGCAGCCGCAUCUGCUGAAAAAAAGGUGUCUUAACCGGGUCUUUGAAUAGUUUUAUGUUAACGGAACAAAGGUUUGGGCUUCUUUUGAACUUGAAAUGCUUGCUUCUCUGUUGAGAUGGUGCAGAAAGUUUUCAUCUCAAAGUUGGGGUUUUGGCGGGGGGGUGUAAAGGGGAAUUUGGAGCCUUUGGUGAUCAGGGGUGUGUUAAUGGAGAGGCAGCGCUGUACCCAGAACUGGAAGCUAUUUUUGAUCAAUUAUUUUCAUUUUUAAUUGUUUUUGGAGCACAGAAUCCCAGAGUGUUAGGGGUCGGAAGGGCCCUGGAAAGCUCAUCCAGUGCAAUCCCCCCAUGGAGCAGGAACACCCAGAUGAGGUUACACAGGAAGGUGUCCAGGCGGGUUGGAAUGUCUGCAGAGAAGGAGACUCCACAACCCCCUGGGCAGCCUGGGCCAGGCUCUGCCACCCUCACCAGGAACAAGUUUCUUCUCGGAUUUAAGCGGAACCUCCUGUGUUCCAGUUUGAACCCAUUACCCCUUGUCCUAUCACUGGUUGUCACCCAGAAGAGCCUGGCUCCAUCCUCCUGACACUCCCCCUUUAGAUAUCUGUAAACAUGAAUGAGUCCCCCCCUCAGUGUCCUCUUGUCCAGCUCCAGAGCCCCAGCUCCCUCAGCCUUUCCUCACACGGGAGAUGCUCCACUCCCUUCAGCAUCUUGGUGGCUGCGCUGGACUCUCUCCAGCAGUUCCCUGUCCUGCUGGAACUGAGGGGCCACAGCUGGACACAAUAUUCCAGGUGUGGUCUCCCCAGGGCAGAGCAGAGGGGCAGGAGAACCUCUCUGACCUACUGACCACCCCCUUCUAACCCACCCCAGGUCCCAUUGGCUUCCUGGCCACAAGGGCCCAGUGCUGGCUCAUGGUCACCCUGCUGUCCCCAGGACCCCCAGGUCCCUUUCGCCUACACUGCCCUCUAAUAGGUCAUUCCCCAACCUACACUGGAACCUGGGGUUGUUCCUGCCCAGAUACAAGACUCUACACUUGCCCUUGUUCUAUUUCAUUACAUUUUUCCUGCCCAACUCUCCAGCCUGUCCAGGUCUCUGAUGGCAGCACAUCCUCCAGUAUCACCCAUUCCUCCCAGCUUGGUGUCACCAGCAAACUUGCCGAUAGUACACACAGGAAGGCUUUGAGGACGGCUCUGAUGGUCCCGCUGUGUGCCGGGGGUGCUCACAAUACCUGCGUUUGCUCUGGGCUCCUUGACGUGUUGUGGGUUUUAGUUUUUAUUUCAUUUUAUUUUUUGCUAGCAUGUCUUAAAUCUUCAGGCUUUGAAACCGCUUCAUAGGAUUGUGUUGACUUUUUGUUCUGCUGUUGUUCAGUUGCACCGAGUUUUCUAUAUAUGAUGUACUAGUUUUAACGUUAAUUCUCUGUGAACAGGGUUGAGAUUAUUCAUUGUAGUUUGGAAAAAAAAAAAAAAGAAAAAGGAAAAAAAAAAAGGUUGUAUUUUAAACUCCCUUUUAAAAAUCUUGUUUGUAUUCUGUUGCAGUGUUACCAGAUGGCCUUAUGUACGUCACAGUGGUUUGUGAUAAGUACAGUAGCACAUUUAAUGCUUAUCUCCCCCCCUCCUUCUGUUUUUAUAGCUGAGAAGUGUAUUCUUAAUAAUAGAGAUGAAUAAACGGGGCAGUUUUAGCAACGUGUGUGGUGGGGAUGGUGGUUGUCUCUGAUGUAGAUUGGGACGGCUGGAGUGAAACUGGGGCUGAAAUGGCUCUGAAGAGGGAUCGGUUACCAGUGAGCAGGGAAUUCGGGGAAUCUGGGAGCUGCUGGCAGAUGCUUGUGGAUCAGAAUAGGUCUGCGUGUGGAUCAGAAUAGGUCUGCGUGUGGAUCAGAAUAGGUCUGCGUGUGGAUCAGAAUAGGUCUGCGUGUGGAUCACGAUAGGUCUGCGUGUGGAUCACGAUAGGUCUGCGUGUGGAUCAGGAUAGACCUGCUUGUGGAUCAGGAUAGACCUGCUUGUGGAUCAGGAUAGAUCCACUUGUGGAUCAGAAUAGAUCCGCUUGUGGAUCAGGAUAGGUCUGUGAAUCAGAAUAGAUCUGCUUGUAGAUCAGAAUUGACCCGUUUGUAAAUCGGAGCUGAUCUGUUUGUAAAUCAGAGUAGCUCUGCUUGUCAAUCAGAACGGGUCCGUUUGCAAAUCAGAGCAGAUCCCUUUGUAAAUCAGAGUGGAUCCGUUUGUACAUUAGAGCAUAUCCACUUGUUAAUCAGAACAGAUCCAUUUGUACAUCAGAGCGGAUCCAUUUGUUAAUCAGAACAGAUCCAUUUGUACAUCAGAGCGGAUCCAUUUGAUAAUCAGAACAGAUCCAUUUGUACAUCAGAGCGGAUCCACUUGUUAAUCAGAACAGAUCCAUUUGUACAUCAGAGCGGAUCAAUUUGUUAAUCAGAACAGAUCCAUUUGUACAUCAGAGCAGAUUCACUUGAUAAUCAGAACAGAUCCAUUUGAUAAUCAGAGCGGAUCCACUUGUUAAUCAGAACAGAUCCAUUUGUACAUCAGAGCAGAUCCACUUGUUAAUCAGAACAGAUCCAUUUGUACAUCAGAGCGGAUCCACUUGAUAAUCAGAACAGAUCCGUUUCUACAUCAGAGCGGGUCCACUUGUUAAUCAGAACAGAUCCAUUUGUACAUCAGAGAGGAUCCAUUUGAUAAUCAGAACAGAUCCAUUUGUACAUCAGAGAGGAUCCAUUUGUUAAUCAGAACAGAUCCACUUGUUAAUCAGAACAGAUCCGUUUGUACAUCAGAGCGGAUCUUUAGCGAGCUGAGGCUGCGGGGACGCGUGGCGCCUGUUGGGUUCAUUUCCAAGGUGCGUGUCUCUUGGAAAGCGACUUUCUGAUGCCUUUAGUGUUUCGCUCCUCAGCUGGAUUUUUCGCCUCCCCUGGGUUCUUUGCGAACUGGGAAGACGCCUCCGCAAUGUGGAUUUUUAGCGUUCCGGCAGCUCUGCCGUCUCUGCUUGGAGCAGACGUUGUCUUGAACUCACCCUUUAACUCGGGAAUGGAUUCCAUUGGACUUCCCUGGAAUUUUAGUACAACCAUCCAUGGUAAAAAUUACAUUGAAAGCAGCAGAGAGAACAUUUUCAGUUAGUCUUUCCAGAACAGAAUUGCAUUUAAAAUAAAUAUAUAUAUAUAUAUAUCUACAAAUAUAAUACCAAGUCAAGAGACAAAACAAUGUUGUAGUGAGUGUCUUAACUUCCUACACUGGAGCCUUUUUCCAGACACGGUGUUUUAGAACCAGCUGUAACCUCAGCCCCUUUGGUGCUCUCGGUGCAGUUGGGGAAACUUGCCUGGGAGGGAAUAACUUCUCAGUUUAACUUUUGAUUGAAAAUAAUACCUUAUAAUAAGACUAUCUUAAUGCCAUUGUGUUCUAAAAGCAAAAUGCUGGUAUGUAAUGCAAGUACAUAAAUAGCCAAAGUUUUCAGUAAUUGUUCAGUGUUACUAAAUUUGCUUUUAUUUUACCUUCCAAGAUACCAUAUGAGGAAGACCUUCAGCGUGUUGAUGUGUUGAGAAAAAGAUAUCAAUCUGAUCAAUUUAUAGUGGAUAUAUGCGGUUAUUGGAAGAUAUUUCAGGUUUGAAUGCAAUUGGGAGGCAAAGUUGGGAGAUGCAAAACUUCCUUUGGAGGAAUCGCACUUAAAGACACUUCAAAGGAGCGAUGGCCGCGUUUUGCGGUUGUUAUUCCAACAUCACGAAGGUCUUUCCUGAGAAAUCAGGUGACUUUUCUAUGGCUUCGAUUUUUGUGCAAAAAAACCCAAUCAAUGUAUUGCAAUCUUUUUUAAAAAUAGGGUGGGAAUAGUUAAAGAAAACUAUUUUAUGUAAGAACUGACAGAGGGAUUUGCUUUGUAUAAUGCAAGCUGGCUUUAAAACAAAAAAGCAUUGUAGCAGAUUAUUCAAGUCAAUCAUAUGUUAAUAGUUAUGUGCAACCAGACAUGCAAAACAAUUGUAUUUUUUUAAAUAAAUAUUUUUAACAAA